ACCAUAGAUUGCGCACGCCUCGUUCUUCUUUCUACAUCCUCACGCUCAAAAUUGUCCACACAGAUUUGAAAGUUUCAUCCCUAAAACGGUUCCGCUUGUAUUUAGAUUAUUCAAAUAUGUUUUAUUUAAUGUGUAAUUUAGUAAUAUUUUUAUCGUUUUGUAAUGUGUGUAAACCGAAAGAAGCAAAAUUGAUCGAAAAGGAAAUAAGAAACCGAACUGAAGAAUGGGCCAACCAAAUCAGCAAGCAGUUAACAAGUCUUAGCGAAAUAUUAACCAAACGAGACCUGGCAAUUAAAAGUUUCAGAAAUACCUCUGUUGUAGAACAAAACGGAACCCUCUUAGCCGAACAAAUUUCGCACGGAAUUUGGAACAUGAUGCGUAGCAAGGAAGCCGCUAUUAGUAGAGUGAAAACAUAUGCUGAAUAUCUAGGCUUAAAUCGUGACAAAUUAACAUCGCCAAUGGAAAAAUACGAGUUUUACGACUCUACAACUUUGCAAGAAAUCAUAACACCAGACGAAAAAUACGGUGAACCGGAAGAUAUAGAUAAUUGCAAUGAUUUAAUUAAUCUAUUAGAUAACCUUUCCAAUCCGAAGCUUUCCAACAAAGAACGGAAAUUUUACGAACAAAAUUUAGUCAAACACGUUCUUUAUUAUAACAAACCCAUAAACUAUACACACAUUUUGGAUUUGGAUUACGAUCCCCAUUUCGACGAGAACGUAAACGUUACUUUUAGUGUAAUCAGAACCGUAACGAACGUUUAUGGUCGCGAGAAACGCGCGUUAAACAAUAUCCGUUGGUCGGAAGCGUUAGAUUCGAUUUUUCGUUGUAAUUACAAAAACGAUCGUUCAUUAACCUGGCAAUAUUUCGCUAGUUCAGCCGGGUUUAUGCGUUUAUACCCCGGCAUAAAAUGGUCCGACGAAGAAUACGAUGUCUCUUUCGAUUGGAGAAUGAGAUCUUGGUUUACCGAGGCGAUGGCAUCACCUAAAGAUAUGAUUAUUCUAAUGGAUAGUUCCGGUUCGAUGAGAGGCGAACGAAGAAUCAUCGCUAACAUUAUUUUGCACGAUAUUUUAGAUUCUCUUUCAGAUAACGAUUACGUGAAUGUUUACACAUUUAAUAACUCGACAAUGCCUUUGGUGCAUUGUUUCAAUGAUACGUUAGUGCAGGCUAACGAAGAAAAUUUAAGAUUGAUUCGCGAAAGUAUCCCUAAUUAUAUUGCGAGAUUUCCUGGUAAUUUAGAGAUAGGAUUUGAAAAGGCGUUCGAAUUGUUGAAAAUGGAUGGAAAACGGGAUUUAUUAGGUGAUAAGGUUAAAUGCAAUAAGGCGAUUAUGGUUAUUACCGAAGGUUUGGAUUAUUAUGAUGAAUCGUCACAUGAAAAAUUAGCUAAAUUGAAUACGCCGGAUGAGUUGGGAUGUAAAAUAAGGAUUUUUACAUUUCAAUUAGGUACGGAUGAAUCUGACGCUCAAACAAUGCAAAAAAUCGCUUGUGAUAACUUGGGUUAUUACGUAAAUGUAAGCAAAGUGGAAGAAGUUCGCGAAAAAGUGGUAAAAUAUAUAACGGUGAUGUCGCGUUCGAUUAAUUUCAAUAAAACAUUAAAUCAACCAAUUUGGAGUGCUUUGUAUGUCGAUUUAACUGAUAGAAGAUUAACAAAUUGGUUGUGGAGUAAGGAACAAGGUUUAAAACAGCGUGAGGUGUUUAUAACUCAAGGAAAUGCUACUAGGGAUACAAAUGUAUACGCACCUUAUGCUAUUCCCAGGAAUUAUUCUUACUUAACAACGGUCUCUUUACCUGUGUAUGAUAAAAGAAAAAAUAUGGCUACUUUAUUGGGUGUAGCAGCUGUUGACGUACCUACAACUUAUCUAAGAAAAUUAACCAAGGAAUAUUUGCUUGGAGUUAACGGUUACGCAUUUAUCAUUACUAACAAUGGAUACGUUUUAAUGCAUCCAGAUCAUAGAACGAAGUUUAAGAAAAUUCUUAAACCAACCUUUAAUAGAGUCGAUUUAACAGAAGUCGAACUUUCACCUCAUACAAAAAGUGAUCGGAAUUUUGACGACAGAAUCAUAAAAUUAAGAGAAAGAAUUGUUAUGCAAGAAAUUGGCCAAGAAAAUCUCACCGUAAUGACACAUAUGGACGAGAUGAGAAGGAUUUUUUUCGGACGAAGACUUUACUUUUACACCCCUUUAGAACCGUACAGCUUAAUAAUCGCUUUACCAGAAAAAUAUGGUCUUCUACGCGUUCAAUAUACAAAUCAAGCUUUAGAAAAUGCUUGCGGUAACAUCAGGGCAUUAUUAACAUCGGGUGCUUUGACAAUGACGGAUUGGGUUGUUCAUCCAGAUUGGUUAUAUUUUAAAGAUCAAAGUGAUGAUCCAGAUUCCGCGAAAAGACUAACGAAUUAUAUAGAAAAUUGUGUUCAUAGCAAACGUGGUAAAUGUAAAAAUGAUGAUUAUUACGAGUUGCUUUGUACAUUUUUACAAGAUUUUGAAAAUACCAAAUGGUUUGCUACUAAAAUACCAAAUGCAGAUCGAAAAUUGGAGGAGAAAUUUGGAAGUUUAUAUACUAAUGUUACUGUGGCCUUUUUAGCCACUCACUCAGGUUUAACUAGAUGGAAAAAUAUUGCUGCUAAAAAUGAAGAUGAAAACCAUUUUUCAAAAACUCACAACAAAACCGUCGAUGAAAUGUGGUAUAAAAGAACCGUCGAGGAAAAUUACAACGAUACCGAUACAGAUAGUUUCAUAUUCUCAACACCUUUAGAUAUCGAAGAAUUUAAUGACACCGAAAUUUUGGUUACCGUUACGAAUGCUAUUUUUAAAAAAGGUCCCGUUGGAAAAGUUCCUGUUGCGGUUGUUGGUUAUGAAAUUAUGUAUCAGGGUUGGAAGGAUUUAUAUGAAAAUUUAAGAUGUGGCGAUUACCAAACCGAUUUACCGAAUCAUCCGAACUGGACUUGUUUGGUUUUGGAUAAUCACGGCUACGCUUUGUAUAGCCCAAACGAUUCUUCUGUAGGACUAUUAAUUUUAGAUAUAAAUAAAAAUUUAACGCAUCGAUUAGAAGAAGACGGUGUUUUUGAAAGCGUUACCGUAUUCGAUUAUCAAGGAAUCUGUUUUCCACGGUUAAACUCCUCAAAAUUAUGCCCACCUUCGGGAUAUAAAAAAAAUUGUAGACAAACCAAACACCCACGAACUCUUAAAUUCGAAAGCUUAAUCAUACCUAAAACGAUUCCAACUCCUUGCGAUAAAGAAAUUAGACUUUAUAGAUACAAAGAUAAAGAUUAUCAACAUUUUCCAACCAGAAGCGAAAUAAUAGAAAAUUGUUCAUGCCCAUAUGUUUCAAGAAACAUUAAAAAUACGAACUUGGUCUUGAUUUUUUACAGUACAAAUUGUUGCGAACCGAGAAUUCGCAUGGAACUGAAUGAAACUUAUCCUCAAGAAGUGCUUUAUAAGCUAUAUGGUAAUGUUACCAAUAUCGCCUUGCCUUGUUAUAUACAGCAUUAUAACAAUUUUAAUAAAAGAGCUUACAUUAAUAGUGUCCAAAUACAUUCAGAGGAAUACAGAUCAAAUUUAGACUGUGGACAAACCCAUAAACAAGCCAAAGAUGAGCUUUAAUAAAAUUUUGAGAACUUGUUAAAAAUUGCAAUCUAUUAAUUUAUAUAUUUACUUUAAGACAAUCUGAAUUAUAUUGUAUUGUUAAAUAAUAUGUUUUAUUAAAGGAUAAUAGGAAAAA